UAUUGCGACUUCAUAAACGUAACAACGUACUACACUUAACUAGUACAGGAAAAUAUUUUUAAUUAAUUAAUUUAUUUAUUAAAAACAGAGACCCAGUGACUUUAAAAACUAUACAAAAUGGCCGAACACGUCUGGGUUGCAACGAACGUUUACAGCGAACUGCCACCAUUCGCCAUACACGCCGGACACGAUUCCGACGGUGAUCCAAUCUAUGUUGGCCGCGCCUAUCAUAACGGUGAUAUAUUACCUGCCAAAAUUGUGCCCAACAAGCAUCAAGCCUAUGUCGCGUGGGGCGGUGAGGAAAUCAAUAAGCACGACGUUGAAGUAUUGACGGGACACCAUUACGUUUGGGUACCAGCCAGCGGUGGUUUUGUGCCCCCACAUGCCUUACGUGUCGGUCAGACUGGUGACGGUGAACCGUUAUAUAUUGGACGUGGUCAUUGGGAAGGCAGUUUGACACCCGGCAAAGUGCAUCCAUCACAUGGCUGCCUCUAUAUACCAUAUGGUGGUCAUGAACAUAAACUCGAUAGUUAUGAAGUGCUCGUACAGCCUGAAACUUGGGUAAAUUCAUCGGGUGACAAUAUUGUGCCCGGUACCAUUCAUGCUGGUCACGAUGCGGAUGGUGAUGCAAUCUAUGUGGGACGUGCCUAUCAUGAGGGUGAUCUCUUGCCGGCUAAAGUUAUUCCACGUAAGGGUUGUGCAUACGUGGCGUGGGGUGGCCGUGAGAUUGUCAAACAUGAUUAUGAAUUGUUGGCCGGUUAUGGUUAUGGUUGGGUACCCGACGCAAAUGGUGCUGUACCACCAGGCGCUGUUGUCUGUGGACGCACCAGUGACGGUGAACCGCUAUAUAUUGGACGUGGCCAUCAUUGCGGCAGCUUGACACCGGGUAAAAUUCAUCCAUCGCAUGGCUGUUUGUACAUUCCAUUCGGUGGGCAGGAAGUGACUCUAACCAAUUAUGAGGUUUUGGUGCGCGGCUAAAUAAAUAAUAAAUAAAAUUGUUAUUAAUACAUAUAUUUUCAUUACUACAUAAAUAUGUAUGUAUGUACUUGU